AUGACGGCCACAUUACUUUCCCCGUUUCAGAAUCCGAGCUCUAUAAAUAAAUUUCCUACACGAACUUUUUCAAAACGCGAUCAAAAUGGAAUUGAUCGUGAGGCUGACCAUUUGGCUUCAAAUGGAAAAAUAAAUAAUAAAACUAUAAACAAACAAUUCUCGAGUGUAAACAGUUCCAAUCAUGAAACUACUAUUGGACAAACCGACUUACACGACCAAGAACGCGAAGAGAGUGUAAUUAAGAUCAAGAAAAGAGGUGGGGACACCGCUUGUUCUAACUCCAGACCUGUCAAUACUAUCACCACGGACUCUUCCAUCAUCGGGAAGGUGAAUACUGCUGCCACCGCUGCUACUAGUCCUACUUUCAGUGCCAGUUCUGUAACUCCUGGAAGUAAUUGCAAUUCUCACAGCAAGUUGAGAGAUUUGUCAGGCUCGACGGUUUUUCUUGGUCUGGGGAUACGUGGUAGAAGACCAAGCAACAAUUUAUUAGAAAUGCUUGAUUCUUCUGAUAUUUCAACAGAUUCUAUCACUAUAAAGAACUCUAAUACCAUUGCUACUACUACUGCUACCACCACUGCUGCUACUGCUCCAAUGAACUCAAACGAUACAGAUCAUAUGAGAAUGCCUACAAGAGAUAAACAAAAGGCUCAUCCAAGGCCAAUGUCCCAUGAUUCUAUAGCUACUACCACAACAGAAUUAUUCGACACAAUUUCAAACUCUUCAUCUGCUUCUUCGUCAAAUUAUGAGUUAUCUAAUAGCAUUACCAAUUCUACUACAAACAAUAAUAUGAAUGAUUUUGGAUUGAAUCCCAAACCAAUCUCAUUAUCCAACUUAUCACCAAAUCUAUUGAACAGCUCUAAUUCUCUUCUCAAUCAACAUGAUAUGAAGACUCCUCUUUCAAAUUUCAUUCAAUUAGGAUUUAAACAAUCAGCUUCAUCUUCAUCUUCACCUUCACCUUCACCAUCUUCCAUUGUUUAUAAUAAUAAUAAGCAAAAUAAUUUACGAUCUCAAUCCAAUACUCCUCCACACCCUGCUUCUUUGAAUAAAUCUCAACUUGUGGUUAACUUACCUUUAAGUAGAUCUGUUGUAUUAAGCAAUGGGUCUCGUGCUUUGCUAACACCUUCCCAAAGGUUAAGAUUACGUAGAGAAUUAAAUGAUACCGCUUUAAGAAAUUCUGUGAAAGGUAAAGAAAAAUUUUUCGAUCAAUUCGAUGAUGAUGUUUUACAAGAUGAUGGAAUUGAUAAGACUCAAGUUUGGAAUAUUCCAAUGGCUUCUUUUUCUACAUCUUCAUUCUUAUCUACUUCAUCUACUCAAAGCUCUUCAAAACAUAAUAAAAGACCUAAUACUCCAAGGAUCAAGAACAACUCUAAUUCAACCCAUUCUCAUAAUAAUAGUUCUCAACUUUAUAAUCCAAGCAUCCAUUCUCAAUCAAGUAAUAAUAUCCUUCAUUCCAAUGACAAUAAUAGUAUCAACUCUAAUUCUAAUCACUCUAAUCAUUCCUCUUCUUCUUCUACUGUUACUGCUGCUACUAAUACUUCUCAAAUACCGUUACAUUUUAAUAUUCCUGCAUCACCAAUUCCAGGUUUGGAUAAUGUUUCUGAUUUCCAAUAUUUAGAAAAAACUACUCAAGAUUUAUCUUGUGCUUAUAUUAAAUCUUCCACUAAUCUAUCAAGGGCAAUGCUAUCCAAUAGAUCUUCCAAUGCUAGUUUAUUACCAUUAGAAAUUAAAGAGGCAAGUGAUAAUGGUAUGGAGGAUCUUUUAUUAGUCUCUGAUGAUAAGUUGAAUUCAUUAUCUUUUUCAAGACCAAGUUGGUUACCACCAAAGGAUCCAAGAGAAAAAAAAUUACAUGAAACAAAUAUUUCAGAUAAAUUACAAACUGCUUCACAAGAUCAUCUUAAAAAACAAAAGAUUAGAUCUAUUAGACAUAAAAAAAAUAUUGAAAACCAUUCUAAAUACAAUUCGUUAUUUGAAAGAGGUUUAACAAGAAAUUCUUCAUUGUAUGUUUUAAAACGUUUAAUUUGGGAAACAUCAUUAUUAAAAGAAAAUCGUUUGAAAUUUUAUCCGACUUUAUUGGAAAGUGAAAAAAAUUUAAUUAGUUUAAAUUUCAUUGAAACAUUUGAAUCAUUAAGCCAAUUACGUCAAAAUAUUGAAUUUCCUAAGAUUAAAGAAGAAGAAAUCAAUCAAUCUAUUGAACUUGUUAUCAAUAAGAGUUUAGAAACAAAGCAAAUCCUUAGAGAUUUAAACAUUUUAUUACAACUGAAAUCUAUUUCACAACAAGGUCUAAUGACCGGUGAUGUAUUAUUAUUUUAUCAUUUAUUAAAAGAUUCAAAUCAAGAACAACAUUAUUUACAAAAUAUUUGGACCAUUGUAAAUUUAAUUCAAAUGACAUGCUUCAGUGAAACAUGUAAACAAAAUUAUGAUGCUAAUAUCUUUAAUUCAAAUAGUGUCAUGUCCUCAUAUCUUUCCAAUAAACCCGAUUUCAAAAAGGAAUUCAAUCCAGAUUGUAUCAAUUUUAAUACAUGGUGGAAUAUUUUAAGACAUGUCGAUCAUAAAUUAUUCAUGUGGAUUUUAGAUAUCAUAGUAAUUAAUAAUGGACAAUGUUUUAAAAAUUUACCGGCAUACAAUUAUCCAUCGAAUUUUACUAAAUGGGAACAAUAUAAAUCUUCAAACGUCUUUUCUAAUCACAAGAUUUUAUUAUCAUUAACAUUAACAGUUCUUUUAAAUUAUCAUUUUGGAUUUGAUGAUUUGAAGACUUUGUAUAAUAUCAAAAAUUCAACAUUCCAUAUUCCUCUCCCUUUAAGUAAUGAUCCAACUUCAGAAGAAACAAAGGCUUCCAUUGAUGCCACUUAUUCAUUUGUUAACAAGUGGUUACAUUAUUUCAAGAAAUUUUAA